AGUUUUUUGAAUAUUUAUAUUAAUUUAGAACAUGUACAAAAAUAAAAUGAAUAAAAUUAAUUUUUGAAGGCAUUCUAAUAUUUUUUGUAAAAUUUCUAAAAAUUAUGUCAUAAGAAUAUUCCCAUGUAAGCAUAUAAACAAAGAAUUUCUUGAAACUGUAAUGACUCAGUCUAGUUACGAAAUAAAUUAGAUAAAAUGAUAAAUCUGACACGGUGAUAAGUGCAUACCUAUAUUUCCAUUUUAGGAAAGCAUAUAAAGUCAUCAAGAUUAAAAUACAGUAGACCAUAUACAUUUUCUUUUACUUCUAAGUCGUAAGAUGGACCAUUAGUUCAGUGGUCCAAUUUAAUAUUGGUCAUAAGAGGUAUAUUUACCACUUCUACUUUCGGGAUUUUGAAGAAAGCAUUAAUCCCAGUAGUGUACUUUUGUUUGGGUGGAGUACAUGUAGUUGAAGUUAAGUUAAAUAUACUUUUAUUCAAGAACUGUGUUUAUCGAAAUGGACGAUUUAGAUAGACAGUUAGCCAAAUUGGCACUUAUGAACAAAGUUGAUCUUCGAAUAACCCCUGUAGGGGGUAGUCCCGGAAAGAAAACGGGACCCGCGGUCCCUCCGAAACCCAAAAAAACACAACCACAGAUUCCCCAAUCUUAUCCUUUGAAAAAACCAGUAGAACCAAGUUAUUCGUCUCGAUUACAACCUGGAACUCAACUUUAUUCAAACAUACAACCUAAAAGUCCACAAACUCAUUAUUCCAACGCGCCAACGUUGCCUUUAAAUAGCAGAUACGUGGAGCAGAGAUCAGAUAACAACUAUGCUAAUGUACCAAAAUAUAUGGAUCAGAAUAUGCAGUAUGUUAAUCUGCCAAGGAGUGCUUCAGCUAUGAGUGGUACUUCAUCAAUAUCAAGACAAGGAAAUUAUGGUUCGACGAUACAACAACCAAAUGAUUAUGGUUCCCAAUCUAGAACUAGUGUUGGACCGAAAGGUUAUACCAAAAGUGAAAACGUAACUUAUAGUAACAUUCAGAUGCCGCCUUCUAGAAAUCAGGAUGGUUUAAUUUAUAGCAAUCUUGUACAUCCACCCAGAGAUGGUGCUAAUGUUUAUAGUAAUUUACCUCCUAGUAACAGCGCUUACUGUAGUGGUGAUGAUUUGCCUCCACCUCCACCACCAUUAGAUAUAACUGCAGGUUUAUCAGAUUAUGCACCUUGUUCUGUAAAUACUAACUUACCACCACCUCCGAAAGAUUUGCUACCACCUCCUUCACCAGUUAGUUCGAGUUAUAGCGAACUUAGAAGAGCCACUCAGCCAGGACAAGAUUUUCAUAAUUACAGUAUAGAAUCUCAGUAUGGUGACAGCGAUUCUUUGUAUGGAUUUGGGGACAUAUCUCAGGCUUCUUCUACUUAUGAAUCAAUUUAUGAACCAAUUAAUCCACGUCCUCCAAGUCAAAUGUCGUCUCGAUCAAAUUACUCUUUAUAUGCUCCAUACGUUAGUGGUAAUAGUAGUACUGCGACUGGUCCCAGCCAAUCUGUUAGUCGUUUAGGACAUAACAAAGAACAAGAAGUUGACAGUUUAACUGAUCUCUUGGUGCAAGGAAUGAGAGGCGGUGAGGAAAGUGACCUGGAUCAAGAGGACGUCUUUGGAUUGUGCGUCAAAUGUGGAGAAAAAAUUGUUGGAGAGAAUAGCGGAUGUACUGCAAUGGAUAAACUGUACCAUACAAAAUGUUUCACGUGUCAUCAUUGCGCUAUCAACUUGCAAGGAAAACCGUUCUACGCACUUAAUGGUAAACCAUAUUGCGAGGAAGAUUAUUUGAAUACUUUGGAAAAAUGCUGCGUUUGUCAAAAUCCUAUAUUAGAUAGAAUUUUAAGAGCGACGGGUAAACCAUACCAUCCAAAAUGUUUCUGUUGUGUUGUUUGCGGAAAGAGCCUUGAUGGUAUACCUUUUACAGUCGAUGCUUCCAAUAGAGUCCAUUGCAUCGAAGAUUUUCAUAAGAUUUUCGCUCCGAAAUGUUGGGUUUGUAAACAACCAAUCAUGCCUGAACCUGGCGAAGAAGAAACGGUACGAGUAGUAGCACUAGAUCACAGUUUCCACGUACAGUGCUAUAAAUGCGAAGAUUGUGGCUUAGUUUUAUCAUCCGAAGCAGAAGGUAGAGGUUGUUAUCCAUUAGACGGUCACAUUUUAUGUAAAAGUUGUAACGCAAAACGUGUCCAAGCUUUAACGAAUCACAUGACGACCGAGCUCUAAACUGGAACCUAAAAGCACAAACUAUUAGUAUUCAUUCAAUUGUUUGUUUUAUCUCUAUAUAUAUAUUCUUAAGCAUGACUAAGAACAAUUUAUUAGUUAUUAAUAAGGUUUUUGUUCACUGUAUCAACAUUUUUUAAAGUAUUAUUACAAAUUUAUAUAUUUAUUCAAUUUGCGAUAUUUGCUGAUACAAUAUUUUGAAAAUUACUAAUUUCAGUUUUCCAAAAUUAUCUCUCCUGAAGACAAACACAACUUCUAAAAUAUGAGUUUUUAGGGAUAAAUUCUGUUCCACAAAUUUUCCAUAAAUGUAGUUAACCUUCAAUUUCUGAAUUACAUUUUGGGAUCUGCAUCUGUUUCUCCAUAAGCUUUAGAAAACAAUUUAUAUCGAUACAAGUUUUCGUCCUAUUUGCCACAUAUAAAAAAAGGUUAGUCUUUAGAGAAUUUUGAGUUCUCUUACAUACUACACAUUCAUAUACUUCUAAUGUAUCAUGCCCCAAAUAAAAUUUACAAAAUAAAAUGAAAUAGUUUGAAUUUGAACAGAAAUCAAAGUUGAAAUAAUUUGUUUUCUAAUUUAUUAAGAAAAAUAAAAGUUUUUUUUAUUAGAAUCCACUGAAAUUUUGAUUUAUUUAAUACUCUUAUCAACAACAAAUAAUAAUUCUUUAAAAAAAUAUGAUAACUUUCUUUUCGUGUUGAACUUUUGUGGUUAGGUCUCUCCUAAAUAUGAAAGGACCUUAACACAAGUUGAAUUGAGCUUUUUCUAUUGGCAGUUAUAUAAAAUUAAUUAUAAAAAAAAUAUCAGUGUUUAUACAUUUUUAUAGAUUGUUUUUACUUUUUAAAUUCUUAAAAUGUUGUAAAAUGCUGUAAAAAAUGUUGAUGAGGCAAACAUGAAUGUGAUUUUGAAAAAAAGUAUUUAUAUAUAUACAUAUAUUUAGCAUAUUUUAUAUAUUUUUCGACAUUCCUUUUAAAAUAAGUUAUUCCUAUAUCGCCAUAUUUAGAUAUAUACAUUGUAUUCCUUUUUAGAAGACUUUUAUAUAAGUUACUAUAGCUUCUUUUACGAGAUAAAUCUUUAGUACUUCUCACUUUUGAACUAUUUCUAAUGGUCAAAAUUAUAUUUUUGUACCCUCAAUCACCUUAUAAUUGAACAAACUUAUGAACCGUAUAAAAUUGAUUUACUAGUGGUAUAAAUAAAAAUAUUUAUUUCAAACAAUAGAUUUAAUCAUAUCUCAUUUAUCACAAUAAUUACAUUUUAUUAAUAGAUUUUUAUCCUUUCUUUUAUGAUGAUAUUCCAUGUUAUUUUUAUUAAUAAUAAACUUCCUAGUGCCAAUCAAAGUUUUUGAUAAACUAAAAUCGAUUUCAAGCGAAUAACCUGGUUAUUCACUUCCUCCUAGUGAAUUUUUAUAAUAACUUUGCUUUCGAUAUCCCUUUUUUAUACAAGGAUUUUUUUAUUUAAAUAUAUUUUUAUUGCUAAUACUUCCAUUUCCAGAUUUAGACUUUUUAGAGGUUCUAUCACUUCACUACUGCAAUUAGUAUAUAGCUUUCCUUUUGAAAAUGAUCUGAUUUUUUCCAAAUUGAUAUGAUAACAUCAGCUCACUGUUUUCACUUUGAUAUGGUGGGUCAAAUGAGAUGACAAACUGCGACAUUAGCUCAGUUCAUUUUAUGUUAACCCAAAAUUCACUCACAAUAAAAAAGUAAAAUAAAAAUAAAUUCACAAAUCUAAACCACGAUGUUAAUAACCAGGCUUACUAGGCACUAAUAAAAAAAUAAGUAAAUCUACCCUCGAAACUAUUCAAUUAUUAUUUACCAAAUAACUGAACUGAUUUAUUUCUGUAAAAGAAAGGUUGGUGUUGCAGCAGUAAAAGGGGUAAUUCAUAUGAUUUGACUCAAAUCAAAUGGGACGUUCAAAUUAUCUGAGAUUUCAUGCAAAAAGAACUCGAACUGUAGUGCUGCUUUUCAUAUUUAGUCAUCAAUAUAUGUCAUUCAAUUGUAUCACUAAAUUACAAAUAGUUUUUUAUUAAGUUAUAUAUAGAAAUAGUUAAAAUUGUGAAAGCUUUGUGAUUGUGAAGAAAUUUAUUAUGAUUUUAAAAAUCAAAAAUUUUUUGAUUAUAUUGUUAUAUUUCUUUUUUUGAAUAAGUUAUAGUCAUAUUAUGUGAAAUGUGAUUAUUUUUUUCUUUGUGCCAAUAUAAACUAAGAAAUUUAAUAAAAAUUGCAAAGAA